CGGCAAUAGUUACACAAGGAUGGCGCCAGUGACAUCCGACAGUGACAUGAAAAUUGGAUAGGGACACGCAUAUUUGAUUGUCACUUUAUGGAAAAAGUUACAGCAGAGGUAGACCGUAAAAACAAGACUCCGAAGAGGGAACAAAAGUGGAUGAAAAUGCAGUUUUUUUUUGAAAGUGGUAUCUCCAAAAAAGGCAAAAUAUUUGGGGUAGAUCCCUUUACUACAAUGGUUAUGUGCAAUGGUUCAUUAGAUACCACAUCGCGUAGACAGACCCAAUAUGUGAAGCUCGAUGAUUUCAAUGCUUUUAAAUCGUCGAUAAUGGAUCAAAUAGGACAAAUGAUGGUGAGGCGGGGGAUGGAUUCUACUCAUGGGUCGAACAACCUUUCAAAUCCAAAUAUGACACAAGGUCUUAUGUCUCAGCUUCAUACGUCUAUGUUUCAUACGGUUCCAUCAGGGAUGACUCACAAUUUGCAUGCACAACAGGCCCCUUAUUACCCAACAAUGUACCCGAAUGGCUACAUGGCCGGACAGCAAUAUGUGCCACUUCAUCCCUCUAUGCCUUCUCAUUUCUCAAGUGGCAUUUGAAUUCAUUCCUCUACAAAACCGUAAUAGCACAGGUCUGGAUGACACAUUUCUGAGCACUAUAUUUGCUACAAAUGAGAGAGGAAAUGAAGGAGGCCAGUGAAGAAGUUAUUGGAAUUUGAGUCGUUGGUGGUGUGUUGUAAUGAACAAUUUCCUUUAAUUUGUCAAACUUCUGUUUUAUGUUGUUUGUUUGUGUUUUAAUAAUCCAGAAUACUACUUUUUUAUGCCAUGUUUUGAGAUUGUGUUCUAUAUUGUGUAGUUUUGUAGGUGGUGAUUUUCUACAAUGUUACAAUACCAGCACUCAAUUAUAAAUAAAA